UAUCUUCCUGGUUACGAAAGUCUUCUUCCUUUCCACCUUGAAACUGGAUACAUUGGUGUUGGUGAGGGAGAGAAAUUUCAGCUUUUCUACUACUUCAUCAAAUCAGAGAACAAUCCUGAAGAAGAUCCUCUUCUAAUUUGGUUAUCUGGAGGACCUGCAUGCUCUUCUCUCUCUGCCCUUGCUUUUGGAAUCAGUAGUUUCAAGCAAGAUAAAAAAUGA